AUGUCCUUCUCUGGAAAGUAUGAGGUUGAGAGCAGAGAGAAUUUUGAACCAUUCAUGAAAGCCAUCGAAAUGUCAAACGAACUGAUUCAAAGAUACAAAGACACGAAGGGCAUCACAGAGAUUGUUCAGAACGGAAACGACUUUGACGUCACCAUCACAACUGGAGACAAUGUCAUUCACAACAAAUUUACCAUUGGGCAGGAAGCUGAGUUUGGAACACUCGCAGGGACUAAGAUUAAGUCUGUAGCAAAUUUGGAUGGUGCAAACAAGGUUGUUAUCAAAUUAAAUUCAGUAACGGCGGUCACUGAACUGAAUGAAGACAAACUAAUUGAUGUUCUCACGUUUGGAGACAUCACCUACAAGAGAAUCAGUAAAAGAAUGUAACGAGGCUUCUCUUGAACUGAACGUUUGCCAAGUCUGAGUAAUUUCAAAUAAUAAACAACAAAUUA